UGGUAGUUCAACCCUAACAAAGGAGCGAGGGGGAGGAAGCAGUAAUGGCUUCCAAGUCUUUCAUUCUUCUUCUUCUUGCUCUUUUAUUUGUAACGUGUGGCUGUGGAACUGCGGAGCCACAAGUUCCGGCCAUAUACGUGUUCGGCGACUCAACGAUGGACGUUGGCAACAAUAAUUAUCUGGGGACGGACGCCGUCAAGGCCAACUUUCCUCACAAUGGCAUUGACUACCCCCAUUCAAAACCUACCGGGAGAUUCAGUAAUGCCUACAACGGCGCUGACUUUGUUGCCAUGAACAUGGGUUUCAAACAGAGCCCACCACCUUUUCUAGCCCUGAAGCCCAAACACAAGUACCCCGAUAUAUACAGUGGUAGAGUUGGCGCCAACUUCGCUUCUGCAGGGACAGGAAUCCUCGACUCAACGGGGAAUACAAUCAAUAUGGCAAAACAAAUUGAAUAUUUCGGGUCAUUUCAGCUCUGUGUAAUACGAAGAAUCAAGAUUGAGCGAGCGAAGUAUUUGCUCUCGAAAUCAAUCUUUCUCAUUAGUGCUGGGGGGAACGAUAUAUUUGAUUUCUUCGUGCAAAACCCAAACGCAACUAAGCCUCAAGUAAAUCAGUUCCUCGGCGGCAUGAUAUCCAACUACACAUCCCAUUUCGAGGCAUUAUACAAUCUUGGAGCAAGAAAAUUUGCAAUAAUCAAUGUUCCUCCUAUUGGAUGUUGCCCACGCUCAAGAACACUUCCGCAAAAUCUGGAUGGCUCAUGUGUUGAAGCAUUGAAUAAUUUGGCCAAGGCUUUUAACAAGGCAACUCCAGCCAUCCUCAAUAAUCUCAGCUCCAAAUUAGUUGGACUGAAGUACUCUAUUGGGAGUUCUUAUGAUGUGGUGAAUACCAUAAUUACACACCCACAAGCAUUUGGGUAUGAAGAGGUGAAAUCUGCAUGUUGUGGAAUCGGUAGGUUCCAUGCUGAGCAGCCGUGCAACGCAACAGCUUUCUACUGCAAAGAUCGCCGGACUCAUGUAUUUUGGGACGUGCUCCACCCGACGAACAAGACGGCGGAGAUAGCUGGGUUGGCUUUCUAUGAAGGAUCUGUGAAGUAUGCAAGCCCUAUAAAUUUCAAGCAACUUGUCGAUGAGGGAGUUCUACCGCUUGAAAAUCUUUAAUCAACUUUGUUAGCUAAAGUUUGAAUGUUCAGUUAUGAAGUGGAUGCUUAUAAUAUGUUGAUUGUUCAGUUAUGAAGUGGAUGCUUAUAAUAUGUAUGGUAUGAGUGUAUGUUGAAUAAGGUGGAUGCUAUGUGAGAAAGACUCUUUAAGGUAUCUACCACUGAAUGUACGAUGUUGAAUAUUUCUCUUUCUCAAUGAUUUUGAGAGGAGAGAUGUGUAUGUAUUUAUAAAUGGAUGUUUGUUAUCUAUGGGAGCUUAUA